AUGACGGGGCACAGUAAGCUUCGAGCUCCCGAGCACCACGACCAUGAGCUCACACUGACGGCCGGGAAGGAGUCAUUCCGGUGCGAUGGCUGCAAGGAGCACGGGUACCACAUGAGAUACGUGUGCAAGCUGGGAGGGUGUCGCGCGGGGUUCCAUCUCCACGAGGCGUGCGCGCAGCACAGGUUCGGGGAUUCUUACCAGGAUCCCUUCAAGCGUUACAGCCUCGUGUUCCAUAAAUCUCUUCCCAGUUGUGCACGCUUGCAGGUGAAUGGUUAUGCGUACGUGCGGGACAUCGGAAGGUUGCGCACCCUGCUCAAACGCGGCAGGGUCCUGCACCCCUGCUGCGCGGCGCUGCCGAAGGUGAUCGAAGCCGAGGGCAGCGUGACGAAGCUGCGGCUCACGCGGAAGCUCAGGUCGCCGUGCUGCAAGUGCAGGCACGUCAAGCUCGGCGACAGGAGGCACACCUGGGGGUACGUCUCCGACGGCGGCGGCGGCGCCGGUGUCGUCCAGAUCCAUGUCGCCUGCGCCAACGACCUCUUCCGCGAGGAGUACGAGGGCGCGCGCCUGCAGCAGCAGCAGCGCACAAGGGUGGAAAGGCUCAAGGCGCGUCUGGUGAAUAUGCUGAGAGGAGCGGCGACCGGCGGCGGCGGCGGCGUCAUGAUCCUCCCUCAGCUGCCGACCGGCGUGCCGGAGGAGUCGUCGCCGUCGCCGUGGACGAUGGACAGCCCGGUCGUGAAAGCGUUGCUGUGGACCAUCUGCACCGUUGGUGCUGUCAUCACCGGUAACCCCGUCGACCUUCAGGACGUUGCAGUCCAUGGCGAUGGCAGGUCCUUCAUUGCAAGCAAGAGCUUCUAA